GAGUGUUAUAGUUGGACAACAACUUACCUUUAGUUAGCUAAAGCUAUGUAGCUUUUUGUCAGCUCACAGUGCUCUGAUUGAGACUUGUUGCAAACAUUAGCGCCAUUAGCUCAUAAAUACUGUGGCCGUAUUGAAAGUGUUCGCGGAAAUGGAUAUUUUGAGAGACGACGGGGUGCAUGAGCUGAAAUACAAACCUGGGGGCCGUUUGGAUAUGAGCCACGGCUUCCUGCACCAUAUCCGGAGGAACCAGAUUGCGAGAGAUGACUAUGACAAAGAAGUGAAGCAAGCCAAAGAGCUUCAGCGGCGGAGGCACACAACAACCCCAAGAAGACCCCGUCGGCCAGACAUCCAAGUGUAUCACCCUCGACGAAGACAUGGUUCAGAGCCAGGGGCCGGUGCUGACGCUGAAGAGUGGAAUGAGAGUGGGUCAAGCACAGAGACUGAGACCCACGGGACUGAACUCUUCUGGCUCGACUAUCAGGCGGACUCUGGCGCCAUCACAUCCUUCCUUGUGCACAAGGAGGAUAAGCCUGAGAAGGUAGCAGAACGUGUGGCAGAGAAGAACAUUCUGGAUUCAGCCAUGAGGGCAGUCCUGGUGGCUCGAAUUCAAAAGGAAAUUGACAAAAGACGAGAGAAACGCUGAGUCACGAUUGUAGACAGUUGAUUAUGAUGACAGAGGAGCUGCAAACAGAGAGGAGCGACGCUUCUUUUGCUCUUCUGUGCUCUUCCAAAGCAUUAAUGCUGUUGUGUCAGGGGAAUAAGGAGGACUCUGGGAUGUACAGUAACUGUCAGCAGAGAUCUAAUGUGAAGACCUACAAUCAAUGCAUCUUCUGUUUUUAAAGGAGAAGGAGCUGCACUUAUACACAGACUGGUUGGGAUGAGGCUGUCAAGAUUAUGUUUAUUACAUUUUAUGAACUUUGGACUGUUACGUCACACCCUGAUUCACAACUCUGGGGACGUGUACACAACAAGACAACAGGACCUUUUAAAUCAUUGUUGCUUUGUUAUAGUAAAAUUCAGAAACCAGAGGUACUCUUUGACAGAGAGCCCUGAGAGGAUCCUUUCUCCUCCAUUGAACGUUUUUGUUGUGUUUACAAAGGUCUACUUUUCAUAAACAAUGCUAUAAUGCUAUAAAAGUCUGUCGGCAAUUUCAUGUUUAGAAAAGCAGGAAAGUAAUUUUGUUUCUUAUUAAGUCGGAGUAUAGUAGAUGUAGCCAUAAUUAUGUGUUGGCCACUGUGUUUUAUAGUUUUCAAUGUUCUAAUUUAUUUUGGGUUGUUGAGAGACUUAUUUUUGAUACUGUAAUAUUUUUUUGAGGAAAAACUCUUUGCAUAUAAAAUGACAUAUACAUGAAAGCUA